AAAGGCGCCAGGUGGCGGUAGCGUACCAGGGAGGGAGGGGGCGGAGCAGCGUCAGCAUCCCUUCCCCCUCAAACUCAAAUUCCCGCCAUCCGAGGAGGGAAGGAAGAGACAUGUCAAAGAAAAGGGGGCUGAGUGUUGAAGAGAAGAGAACACGGAUGAUGGAAAUAUUUUUUGAAACAAAAGAUGUAUUCCAACUAAAAGACAUUGAGAAAAUUACUCCAAAAGAGAAAGGAAUCACUGCUAUGUCGGUGAAGGAGGUCUUACAGAGCUUAGUUGAUGAUAGUAUGGUGGACACGGACAGGAUUGGGACUUCAAAUUAUUUUUGGGCUUUUCCAAGUAAAGCUCUUCAUGCAAGAAAGUGUAAACUGGAGGAACUGCAGAAUCAGUUCUCAGAAUAUAGCAAAAAGAAAAAAUGCUUACAAGAAACCAUUGAGAAAUCAAAAAUUGGGCGCCAAGACAGUCAAGCAAAUAAAGUAGCUAAGGAAGCAGCCAACAGAUGGACUGAUAAUAUCUUUGCAACAAAAUCUUGGGCCAAACGGAAGUUUGCGUUUGAAGAGAGCAAAAUUGACAAAACAUUUGGUAUUCCUGAAGACUUUGACUACAUCGAUUAGAAACGUUUAGUAAGAAUGGCAAGUAA